GGUCUUCUGCAGCCCCACCUCCGUUGGAUGUUGAGUAGGAAGUGAGAGGCACUAAGAUGGCUGCGAAACAGCAAGUUGACAGUUUAAAAGAAGAGGUAACUUGUCGGAUCUGCCAUGAGUUCUUCAUUAAUCCAGUUAUACUGAAGUGUGGGCACAACUUCUGCCAGCGCUGCAUCACACGGCGUUGGGAAAGGGAGACGAGAAACUCCUGCCCAGAAUGUAAUGAGGUGUUUGUAGACCGCACCCUUAAUUUGAAUCCGGUAUUAGGGAGUUUGGCCCGAAAAGCUCAGGAUUUAACCCUGACGCUUAAGCAGAAAGAAAGGAAACUUCAGUGCGAGGAACAUCAGGAAGAACUGAAGCUGUUUUGUGAAACUGACAAGAAGCUGAUCUGUGUGAUUUGUUCGUCUGCACGGGAACACAGAGAACACCAAUUCAUACCUGUUAAUGAAGCUGUUGACAUUUUAAAGAAUCAUGUUCAAUCUACACUAGAAGCUCUGGAAAAAAAGAAAUCAGUUAUCCAGGAAAUGGCGGAUCAACAGAAGCAGAAGAUUUCUGGAGUUCGGGACCUGUCACUGAGCCUGCAAGCAUACGUUAAAUCCUUAUUUGCUGAUCUGCACCAAAUUCUAACCGAGAGGGAGCAGCAUUUACUCGGCGAGCUCAGCGUGGAGGCGCAGAGAGUUAUGAAUCCAAUGGAGAAUAAUCUCCGAAAGAUUCAAGAGAAUUUAUCUUCUCUUCAGAAUCAACUCUCAAAACUACAGGAACGGAUGGUUCAGCAAGACAACGUGACUCUUCUGAAGGAGGAAUAUUCUCGGAAAGGAAGGAUAAGUGAGGAAGAACGUACGUUUUCAAUUUUGGAUGGUGCCCUGCCGGUUAAGCAAUUCAGUCACGCAAGUUUGUUGAAAGAAGUAUUGAGUGAAGAGUGUAAUUUCCUCAAACAAGGCCCCGUUCUGGCUGAUGACACUCUGUACAUAUCCCCGAUAUCCACAAGCCGUCGCGAAAAUGAAACUGUGACGCUGGAUUGCUUCACUUCCAGGAAUCUAGAUGACCAUUUCUUCUUCUGGGGGUCCGCAAAGCCCACGGACCAGUUGAUCUCGUGGAUCCUGUUCUGGACUCCGGGUUUCACGGAGCCGGUGUACUCGGAACCGAGGUCAAGCAGAUUCAUUGGUUCCAAAGACUGGACGAGCAAGAAGUUCUCCCUCACUAUUCAGGACCUACAGCGGGAGGAUUCCGCCAGGUAUUACUGUGGAACCUCCAACUCCUACUUUUCCUUGAGCACCGACUGGAGCGGGUGCGGAGUUACGCUUACUGUAGACGCUGCCCCUCCCCAGUCCCCACCAGAGGUAUACUUGAACCAUCCGAGCCCCAAGGAUGUUCUCGAGCAUCAGGAAAUAACUUUGCUCUGCGUGGCUGAGGACUUUUACCCCGAGCCCAUCUCCAUUUCCUGGUGGUUAGAUGGAGAAGAGGUGGACGCAAGGGUUUCACAUUCAGUUUCCCUGCUGGGGCCCAAUGCAACCUACACCAAGAUUAGCAAGCUGACGACCAGCACGUCCCAGUGGAUCAAGGGUUCAGUCUACGCCUGCCACGUUUCUCAUGACACUCUUCCCUCACCCAUCUCCAAACAAGUCAGCAGUUCCGGACAAUACCUGAUGGCACCCAGGAUUCAUCUUUUACCACCGACCCUUGAAGAAAUGGACAUUAAGGAGCAGGCUACCAUCACCUGCCAGGCAACGGGCUAUUACCCCGCUGAAAUCUCCUUCCGCUGGUUUGCUGAUGGCAAUCCGGUGCUCACAGACAUAAAAAGCUAUGCAUCUGUUCUGAAUGACAACGGUACCUAUAGCUCCCAGAGCGAAUUGGUGACAUCUCCAGAGAACUGGAACCAAGGCUCAGUGUACUCAUGCAGCAUUCAACACAUUUCACUGCCAAGUGGGAUGAUACAAAGCAUUAAGAGGAAGGACACAGAAGAGCAGAAACGGCGGACGCCAACAAUCUCCGCCUUGAAAGUGGAGUCGGAGCAGAAAGUGACACUAGUUUGUUACGUGUCCGGCUUCUUCCCGGCCGAUAUUUACGUGAGCUGGAGGACGGACCGUGGUGUGCCGGAGCGGGUCGGGGUCACCAACUUCCCGGUGGUGUCGGACUCGAUCGGGACCUACAGCACGGCGAGUCAGAUGACCAUACCCUUGUCCAAUGUGAGCCGUUCGCGCGCGUACGUCUGCGUGGUGGGACACGAGUCCCUCUCCUAUCCUGGAGAGAGGCGCUUCCAUCUGACCUGAGGAUCCCAAGGGCAGAUUUUCCAAUUGCCUGAAAUUCCCACCGGACUGAACUGACACAACCGGAGUGAUAUUUGUACUUGCCUCAAGAAGUUACCUUUCCAGUCCUGAUCGAGAAGUAAUAAACACAGUUAUCCCUCUUUGAUCUACCAAUAUUCUGUUAAUUAAAAGCAGGCACGUAUGCUUAUUGAACUGUUGGCCUUUUGAAUAAAAAACCCCAAAGUGUCCUUUCAGAUCCUGCAAGCUUCAAAUAAAUCAAUAACAUUUUUGCCUA